GAUUUUUGUAAUUAACAUUUAACCAUAGGUUUUUUAUAAGCACAUGCAAUCCGUGUGGUUGUAGACUGUAAUCCGUUAAACUGUUCGAGUUCCGUCAGGGUUCAUUUAUCUGUUUCGACCUCUCUCUGCGGCUGUGGUUGGAUCGUAUUCGUAUCACGAUUAGGGUUUUUUUGAGUUCAAAUUCGAUCAUGGAAGAGAUAACUGAUGGUGUAAACAACAUAAACAUGUCCUCCGAUUCUUACAAGAAAAACCGAAUUCAAGUUUCCAACACCAAGAAGCCUCUAUUCUUCUACGUCAAUCUUGCCAAGAGGUAUAUGCAGCAGCAUAACGAGGUGGAACUUUCAGCGCUUGGAAUGGCAAUUGCAACCGUUGUAACAGUGGCAGAAAUCCUGAAGAACAAUGGAUUCGCUGUAGAAAAGAAAAUAAUGACAUCUACUGUAGAGAUGAAGGGGGAAUCCAGGGGAAGACCUGUCCAAAAGGCCAAGAUUGAAAUAGUAUUGGGGAAGACAGAAAACUUUGAUGAGUUAAUGGCUGCUGCACAAGAGGAGAGGGAAUUGGGAUAUGCAGAAGAGCAGAACUGAAAGAGAGAAUAAUAGAAUGUGUGUGUGAUUGCUGUAUGGAGUUGUGAUAUUUGCUUUCAACUUUUUGUGGUAUUAAGAUUGUUUUUUCGGUUUGAUCUUCUAACUAAAUUUGCAUUAUUGUUUUUGUCAUCUUACCCUUAUGUAUCUAUGCUGUCUGACUUUCUACACAAAACUCUUAUAUUCUGAAAAGGUCAAACAAAUAGUUGACAUGAAGAGUUUAA